AUGGGCCCCCAGAUUGAUCAGGAGGUCUUUGACCAGAUUAGAAAGUCGAAGAUGUGGGUUGGGAAGACACUUCUCUGCAAUCUCAGUUAUGACGUCAUUGUCGUGGGCGGAGGUCAUGCCGGUUGCGAGGCAGCAGCAGUGUGCUCCAGAAUGGGAUGCAAAACUCUCCUACUGACCCACAGCAAAGCCACAAUUGGCCAGAUGUCAUGCAACCCGGCCUUCGGAGGGGUCGGAAAAGGCCAUCUGAUGGCGGAAGUGGAUGCUAUGGGUGGAUUGUGCAGCGAAGUGAGUGACAUGGCGGGCAUUUCGUUUAAGAUGUUGAACAGAAGCAGAGGACCAGCAGUGCAUGGACCGAGAGCUCUCGUAGAUCGAGAAUUGUACAAAACGGAGAUGCAGAGAAGAAUCUUUGCUCUUCAUAAUUUGACAGUCGAAACAUGGCCAGUUGAAGAUCUAAUUGUUGCAGAUAGCUCCACUCCCGAAGACUGUGGAAAUCAUUGUGAAGGUGUCCUUACUAGUCAUGGAAAAGUACCAGCCAGUUGCGUCAUUAUAUGCACUGGAACAUUUCUUAAAGGAGCUCUUUUCUGUGGUCAAAAUAAAAAACCUGGAGGUCGUGUCAACGAAUCUCCGACGUAUGGUUUGUCUGAAACUCUAAAUCGUCUGGGAUUUCAGCUUGGAAGACUAAAAACAGGAACUCCACCCAGACUGUAUAAAGACUCAAUCGAUUUCUCGAAAUGCAGUAAAAUUUUGCCUGAUUGCAAUCCUCUUUCGUUCAGUUUUAUCAACGAAAAGGUUUCGAUUCCUCCUGAAAACCAAAUAUGCAGCUACAUAACGCAAACCACUGAGAAGACGAGAAAAAUAGUGGAACAAAAUGUGAAAAACAGUCUUUUGCUAGUAGAACAGGAUUCAACGGGGCCUCGAUUUUGUCCAUCUCUAGAGGCGAAAUUCACUCGCUUUAAACUGCAGCACUUCCAGGUUUUCCUGGACUCGGAAGGACUGGAUUCGAACAUAGUCUAUCCCAGUGGAAUUUCAGUCACCAUUCCCGAAGAAACCCAGAUCGAAAUGGUCAAUUCGAUUCCGGGACUGGAGAAUGCCAAAAUAGCUCAAUAUUCUUAUGGAGUUGAGUACGACUUUGUGGACCCAAGAGAACUGUGCGCUACCCUUGAGACGAAGAGAGUGAAGGGUCUGUUUUUGGCAGGACAGAUCAAUGGUACGACGGGAUACGAGGAGGCGGCAGCGCAAGGGCUUGUAGGUGGGAUUAAUGCUGCGCUGAAAGUCCAAAACAGAUCAGAAUUUAUCCCUAAGCGAAGUGAGUCCUACACAGGAGUAAUGAUAGAUGACCUAACUACUCUUGGAACCAAGGAACCCUAUCGCAUGUUCAGCAGUCGUGUCGAAAACCGAACUUCGGUUAGAUGUGACAACGCCGACCGACGACUCACUGCGAUAGGACACAAAUUGAGAAGCGUCGACGAAAGGAGAUGGAAAAUAUUUCAAGACACAAAACGAAAAUUGGAAGAUUCUAUUGACAUGUUAAAACAAACCAAAUUUGGUGACCUAGGAUGCUCGAAGGUCAAUUACGACUUCAAAUGUGACUCUAAGACGACAUUGUUCAAUUUGAUGGCCAGAAAAGACUUUGAAUCUUUGGGCGUAAAAUUUGGCUGCAGUGAUUAUUUGAAAGAAUCGGAAUUAGGAAAGACGUUGCUAGAUCCGAAAUGGGCUUGGAAGUUACACGCAGAUGCAGUUUUUGAAACAAAAUAUUCAAGUAUAAGUAGUGUGGGUAAAUCAUUGACGAAAUUAGAACUGGAAAUGGACGAGCAAAUCAGGCUUCCCUCCGACCUGAACUACUCUUUCUUAACACGCACUCUACCUCAGACUGUAAUCGACUCUCUCAAUUCAACUCAACCCCGGACAUUAGCUUCUCUGCGUCGCAUGCCUGGAGUAACAGACAGAUGUGCCAAAAGUGUACUCCAGAUUUUGACCCGAACUUCUUGA